UGCUCAAGAACAGUCUUCUUAGCGGAUGUUCGUCCAAUUCUCUCGAUUGCCGCAUUGUGCACCGUACUUUAUCUGGCUACAACUUCGUGUGGAAACCCUUCAAGAUGGUGAACCACAGGAUCAAACACAAUCAGAGCAAGACAUUCUCUACUCCUAGACGUCCUUUUGAGAAGGCUCGUCUUGACCAGGAACUCAGGCUCGUGGGAGAGUUUGGUCUGCGGAAUAAGCGUGAGCUCUGGACAGUCAAGAUGUUGCUCGCAAAAAUCAGGAAAUCUGCCCGUGAACUGCUCACCCUAGAUGAGAAAGACUCGAGACGUCUUUUCCAGGGUAAUGCGCUGCUGCGCCGUCUGGUCCGUAUGGGUGUCCUGGAGGAGAGCCGCAUGAAGUUAGAUUAUGUGCUGGGUCUGAAGCCCGAGGACUUCUUGGAGCGUCGCCUCCAGACGCAGGUCUUCAAACUCGGACUCGCCAAGUCAAUCCAUCACUCGCGAGUGCUCAUUCGCCAGGGUCACAUCAGGGUGCGGAAACAGCUUGUCAACAUCCCGUCGUUCAUCGUUCGCCUGGACUCGCGCAAGCACAUCAACUUCUCGCUGCGUAGCCCAUAUGGAGGCGGCCGUCCUGGCCGCGUCAAGAGGAUGAACCUCAAGAAGAAGGCUGAUGGUGGCGGAAAGGACGAGGAGGAAGAAGCCGGAGAGUAAGAUUGAAUAAAUCAUGCCGGGAA